AGUCUCUUGUGUUCUUUCAGUCACCAACGAAAUAUCUUUCGUUGAAUUUGGAGUGAAUUUUUAUUUGUACUUUUAUUUCUUCAUUUAUUUUUUUUUAAAUAAUUUUCUUUUUUAUUGUAGAUUAAGGUAAAUUAUUUUUUUAAUAUUAUUCGAAAUUUAUUUUAUUUUUGAUUUAUUUUUGUAUAAUAUUUCUAUAAAAAUUAAAAAAAUAUUAUUAAUAUUAAUUAAAAUAUCGUAUCAAUAAUAUAAGUUAAUAGAUUAAAUUAUUUUUGAAUUCACAUUAUUUUUUUAUGAAUACUAAUUUUUUACUUUAAAAUUCUUUUUAUUAAUCGUCUAAAUCGUUUUCAAUAAAAUUUGAAGCAUAAAUUUAAAUUUGUUUUGUUGGAUUAUUUUUCAUUUCAUAUAAAAUGAUUUAUUCGAACAAAAUGCCAGGACAAUUCGAAGAAAUUCAAGCAAAACGCGCAACAUUUGGAAUGGGAUGUUUCUGGGCCGGUGAUUGUUUAUUUGGCGUUUUACCCGGUGUAAUUAGAACUUGUGUUGGAUAUGCAGGUGGACAAAAGGAAUCACCAACUUAUAAAAAUAUGGGUGAUCAUACGGAAGUCGUUGAUAUUGAGUAUAAUCCAAAUAUUGUAUCAUAUUCACAAUUACUUGCUUUAUUUUGGCAGAAUCAUGAGUAUGGUCUUACUACAAAAAUCAAGAGACAGUACAUGUCAUUAAUUUUGUAUCAUGAUGAAGAACAAAAAUUAUUAGCAGAAAAAUCACGUGAACAAGAGCAAUACAAACAUACAGAUUUGAUUCUUACUGAAAUUAGAAAAUUCGAAAAGUUUUAUCUAGCAGAAGAUUAUCAUCAGAAAUAUCGACUUCGAAAACAUCCAUGGUUAAUGGAAAAUACUGGUCUCACUAGUGAUGAGCUUCUUCGAAAUUCACCUCUAGCUGCUAAAUUAAAUGGUUACAUCGCUGGUGCUGGAACGCUCGAACAAUUUAAAAAAGACUUACCUAAUCUUGGUUUAAGUGAGAAAGCUGCGAAGUAUUUAGAAAAAUAUGUGAUUGAGAAUCAAGGAAAUGGUUUAUAUUGCUAGCUAUAAUGAAUAUUUAAGAAUUUUUCAUAUAUUUAUCCUAGUACACACUGAAUAUGAUAUAUUUUUUCGUAAAAACAAAUUUUAAAAUCUGGAAAAAACUUUUUUAUGUGGUUCUAGUUUCUUGUAAACUGUAUUUGAAAUCUCUCGCAAAUAAGUCUUGAGCUCGAUUUUAAAAACAGAUUUCGCUCGAUAAAUAUCUUUUGUUAGUAUUAAUUUUCUUAAUUUCUAUAAUUUUUACCAUAGUGUGUAAGUUUUAUUAUUCAACAGGAUAUUCAUUACAUUAUAUUUCAUGCAUAAUACAAUAAUGACAUGACAUAUUUGUUUGUUUGCUCAGCAAUAUUGGAAUAUGUUAUUUUUAAACAAAAAUUAAAAAGAAAUUUACAGUAAAAUAGGCUGUGAAAAGUAUAUAUAGAUAAUAUUGUUUGCAAUCAUUUGUUUUUUGAUUACUUCGCACAUUCUAUGUUUUAUAAGUUUAUUUUUUUUUUAUUUCAAAAAGAAGCAAGUAUGAAGCAUACAAUUGAAGUAUGUUUUUAAAUUGUUUGAGUUUAAUUUUUCGCAUAAUUACUACUUUAUAUGACAAAUAUCAUUUGUUAAUUACAAAUAAGAAUAUAAUUAUGUAAUAUUUAUUAUGAAUAAUCUUAUAACCACAAGUAUUAGAAAAUGUAUAUAAUUUCAAGACAACUGCGUUAUUAAAUACGCACGCUCAUAUACUUACAUGUGGUCGUAUGAAAUAUAUGUAUACAUAUGUAUAACAA